AUUCCUUUACUUCUUUCUUUACCACCAGCGAGAGAAAUUCUCUUUUUUCUCCACUUCAUGUCUCCACUUGUUCACAAUUUCAUCCCAUUGGUUCAAGGCAAGGCAAAGGUUAUUAAAACAUUUGAGCUUGUAUUAGGGUUUUGAAAUCUCAAAAUCAAAACCCUAAUCCAAACUUAGGAAAAGGCAGAUCUAGGUUUUAAAGUGUUGAUAUUUGAACCUUCAUAUAUUUACAUUCAAGACUCUUCAAAUAAGUGGGUUACCAAAUUGGUUCCAGGCACUUCCUUUUCUACCUUCUCUUUUCUCGGCAAAGGUAACCAUGAAUUUGCAACUUUAACUCUCUCUAUUGAAUCAACCUUUUUUCUGUAAGACUAAGACUACUACUAGUUUUUAGUUUGUGUUGAAUCUUUGAUCAUCAAUGCAUCAGUAACAAUUGUGUUAUUUACAAUCUCCUGACGAUGGCUGAGAAUCUAUGGUUGCUAAUGACGAAAAGGGACCAAAAAUUGAAUUAACAUUACGAGUUCCUGAAUCACUGGUAACUACUUGGGUACUUGUUGAAGUAUUGUGAAACCUCUCUGUAUGACCUAUUGCUAGACUAGUCUGAGUUAGUGAUGAAAUUAGAGUGUUUGGUGAAUCAAGAAGAGAACCGUGUCCCCCACCCUCAUGAUUCUGCUAAUAACUCUGUCGAUACAGAAAGCUUACUGCUAUCUGAAGGAUAGAUUGAUGAAAGAGGAGGAAGCAAUUUAUAACCUCAAUGCAAUAAAAUACCGUAAGGCAG